AUGUAUUAAUUGUUGCAUUCAAUAGGUGUGUGUGCACAACAACAUUGUCUAUCCUGUUGGGACAACCUGGGAAGAUGGUUGCAGGGAAUGCUCUUGCACUAGUAUGAGGGAUGAUGUUACAGGACUUCAGAUGAUGGAGUGUCACGACAAAGCAUGUAACACAUUCUGCUCUCGGGGUUACAAGUAUAUCGUUCAAGAAGGGGAGUGUUGUGGGAGAUGCCAGAAGACUGCCUGUGAGGAGCAGCUAUUCUGGUCUCGGGGUGAUGCAGACUCUCGUUUGCACGAGGUUGGCACAGAGUGGCGAUCUCCCUUCAACCAUUGCAUUAUUAAUGAGUGUGUCCGGGUGAACAAUGAGGUUUUUGUGCAGCAGAAGAAUCUCUCUUGCUCUCAAAUGGAUGUGCCUGACUGUCCAGAGGGAACUGAACUACAUUGUGACCAAAUAAUAGACUGUUGUCCUUCCUGCAAAUGUGUACCCCUGAAUGGUUGUCCUUUGAAUGGCACUGUUAUUGGGCCAUGGAGACGCCUGAUGGUGGAUCAAUGCACAACAUGUGUCUGCUCCCUCCAGUCAACAUCUUCUCGGAGAUACACUCUGACAUGUACAAAAUUAAGCUGUGAACCGUGCCCAACA